AUGGUGAUCUACACGACGAUAACCCCGGAGAUGAGCGAGGCGGUGGUGCGGCACCUGCGGGACAGCUUCUUUGCGGACGAGCCGCUAAACAAGGCCGUGGGGCUGUGCGCGCGCGGGCAGCCGCACGCCGCGCUCGAGCGCCUCUGCGCCGCCACCAUGGCCGACGGCCUCUCCAUUGCCGCCCUCGAGGACGAUACGGUGUUGGGCAUCAAGCAAUCCUCCGACGAAAAAUAUAACAAGAUCUUCAACAUCCUGUACACAGUGAGCCGCGACCUGGAUCUGUUCAACACGUUCCAAGUGGAUCGUAUACUGGAGUGCCGCAUCAUCUCGGUGUCGGAGGCGGCGCGCGGGCGCGGCAUCGCGCGCGAGCUCAUGAAGAGGAGCAUCGAGAUAGCCAUGGAGCACGGCUUCAAGCUGUUCAAGGUGGACGCGACGGGCGCGUUCUCGCAGCGCAUCUGCAGUCGGCUGGGCCUGCGCGUGUUGCACAAGCUGCGCUACGCCGAGCUGCGCGCGCUGCGCGUGGCGCCGCCGCACGACGCGCUCGCCGUCAUGGCGCUCGAGCUGCCC